GGCAACAAGUUCAAACAAAAGUGAAUUGGAAAAGAUGGCGACGCAGAGGGAGAAAGAUGCCGCUGAUUAUCUCGAGAAACACAAAAUUUUCGAGCUCAUGGAAAACCUGACCAGCAUGCUCUUCUUUUACAGACCUGAGAAUCCCAGAGAGUUUCUGGUUGAGCAGCUGGAACAGCUGAAGAUGUCUCAGCAGAAUGGUGUGAAAGGGCCGAAUCUGUUCAACAACUCCAACCUGGAUGCAGUCUUUGGGAUACUGGACCCCGCUAAUCAAAAAUACAUCACUUUUGCCCAAUACAAGCAGGCGCUGACCACACUGGGCAUAAAAAACAUUAACGAAUGUCCCGAAGGUGUAAAUGAAGACAAAAUAUCCCAUGAAACCUUCAAAACAGAAGCGAUUCAAGGCCUGCAGAGAUGCUCAGCAACAUAUGAACAACUGUGAACUUAUGUUUGAUUGGUUUUCUUCCACUCAGCUGAUAUGUUAUUUAAUACAUGAUAUAAUGGUGA